UCAGCCGUCAUCAAAUCAGCUGUGCAUCACACACAGAGAACAUGUAACAUAAAUAAAUGUGCGUCUUAAAUUUUCGGUGUAAAAAAUGUUAACAAAGACUUAUAUUACAACAUCUACUAAAUGUUUAUGAUAAAUUCACGGCGGAAAAGACAUGGCGCAAUUGGCGCACCGGAGGAGCAGCGGCAUCAUCAGCCUGGCUUUUAACCAGGAGCAAGACUGCUUCGCGUGCUGCCUGAAGACCGGUUUGCGAAUAUAUAAUGUCGAGCCUCUUGUGGAACUAUCCAAUUUUAGCCUGGAGGAGGUCGGCGAGGUGUUACUGUGCGAGAUGAUAGAGCGCACCAACUGGCUACUUUACGUGAAUGCUCGCCGCCCCUGCAAACUGAUGGCGUUCAAUGCCCGAGAACACUGCUUGAUGGCGGAAGUUAGCUUCAAAGCACCAAUCAGAGCCAUCAAAGCAAGGAAAGACAAAGUGGCAGUAGUACUAAACUCCACGAUCCAGGUGCUGGCGAUACCAAACCUUAAUCGAGUGGCUUUGAUGCGGAUCCCGACAGGCUGCCGACCGCUAUGCACGAUAGCCACCGAUGCCACGGCCCCACAUCUUUUAGCUGCACCGGCACACCGCAAAGGAUGUGUGCAGAUAAUCGACGUAUCGCGAGUGGUAAGGGGUGCCCAUUCUUCGUCACCCGCUGUGAUGAAUUGUCACCAAAAUGAAUUAGUGUGUCUAAGUUUAUCCCCUAACGGGACUCGACUAGCCACUGCGUCUGAACGGGGCACCAUCAUCCGCGUGUUCGACACUGGAACUAAGACCCCGCUGCACGAACUGCGACGAGGCUCCGACUAUGCCGAUGUUUUUUGUAUAAACUUCAACGCUACCGGCACAUUAAUCUGUUGUGUGUCGGAUAAAGGCACUAUGCAUGUAUGGAGCGCGCGCGGUGCCUGGACCCACCUCGCCGCAGCGAAGGCGUUCCCUGACACACGCGCCCAAUGCGGCUUCGUCAAUGAUAACACCGCCAUCAUGAUCUGUGAAGACGGUUCCUACCACAAGUUCACGUUUACUUCCGAGGGAAACUGUCACCGCACAGACUUCGACAUGUUUCUUCAGGUGGGCGACGACAACGAACUUCUCCUAUGAUGUUUUUUAAUCGAAAAUUGACUUUCAAAACUAUAAUUACGCCUAUAAUAAGUGAUAAAACUGUGAAGUGAAGUUAUAUAUAGUAACAUAAUUAUAAAUAACAUUAAUGAAACAACGCUUUUUGAAAAAUUCGUGAUAUUUUCACAAAAUGAUAAUACUAUUAUGAAGUUUUAACUAUACUGUGUGAACUGCACACUUUCGCAGCUUGUUUAAGUAGUUAUAUAAUUAUAAAUACUAUAUUUUCCGUAAAUUUUAUGUAAAGUAUCGCCGAUUUCAUUACUUACGAUAUCAAUUCGUAUAACUUAUGAUCUCUUUUUGAUUAUGUUCUUCAACUUUGGUGUACCACUGAUAAUUUUGGUAUGCGCAAACGUGCAACGUUGCGCUUAAAUUGCGCUAACGAUUUAUGGUUGCACAACUUCAAGACUUGGAAACUUUUAACGAUUUAAGAAAUUCAGAAAAUAAUUAAUUACAAAAAUACAUUGAAGUUGACUCACAAGUUUUGUCAAUUUCAAUUUAAAAUGCGUUGUUAUUUUUUUUUGUAUUUCCAAAAAUUCAAUUGUUGUUAUGGCUGCAACCAAGGCUUAGCGUUUAUUUUGUUACACACUGUAUUGAGUUUACUUAAAA